AGCGAGCGGCGGGACGCGAUCGACUGGUCCGACCAAUCAGUGCGUGCUGCGGCCAGGAACCUGUGAUUCAUUGCUCGUCGCGGGCGUGCGGAUCAAGGCUUUCCGACGGGCUGUCGUUCCCUAGUUCGCGGUGGGGAAAAGACUCGCGGCGGCACCUGGAUCUGCGUUACUCUUAUGAUCUUUCACGUCUGACCCGUCUGGCUCGGAAAUCCGAUUUUCACAGCCAUGUCAACUGGACCUACACACAAACAUCGUUAUAAAAAUGUAGGAUUGGAUUCGCAAGAACUGCGGAGACGUAGAGAGGAAGAGGGAGUUCAGUUGAGGAAACAGAAGCGAGAGCAGCAAUUGUCAAAACGUCGCAAUGUACCCAAUAUCGUUGCGGAUGACGAUAAUGUUACAUCAACAGAUGAAUAUCCACUUCGUACACAACAAUCGCAUUCCUCUGGUAUUAUAACAUCAGAGAUGGUAGAUGCAUUGUACAGCCCUAACAUACAGGAUCAACUGGCAGCAACACAGAAAUUUAGAAAAUUAUUAUCGAGGGAACCGAAUCCUCCUAUAAAUGAAGUGAUACAGACCGGUAUUGUGCCGCAAUUCGUCGAAUUUCUUAAAAAUAACACAAAUUGCACGCUGCAGUUUGAAGCAGCUUGGGCAUUGACAAAUAUAGCGAGCGGAACAUCUCAGCAAACGCGUGUCGUAAUAGAUGCAGGGGCUGUUCCUACUUUCAUAUCUUUACUUGGCUCUGAGUACGAGGAUGUGCAAGAACAAGCUGUAUGGGCAUUAGGUAAUAUUGCAGGCGAUAGUCCCGAGUGCAGAGAUCAUGUGUUAGUCAACGGUAUCCUCCCUCCACUUUUACAACUUCUGUCGAAAGCAACACGGCUCUCCAUGACUCGCAAUGCGGUAUGGGCAUUGUCAAAUCUUUGCCGGGGGAAGAAUCCUGCGCCGGCCUUUGCCAAGGUUGCUCCGUGUCUACCAGUUCUCGCACAUCUUCUUAAUCAUGCUGAUUUUGACGUGCUCGCUGAUGCUUGCUGGGCACUUUCCUACUUGAGCGAUGGCCCGAAUGAUAAGAUACAGGCAGUCAUCGAUGCCGGUGUUUGCAGACGUCUCAUAGAACUCCUUAUGCAUGAUCAGAGCAAUGUAGUGAGCGCAGCUCUUCGUGCGGUAGGAAAUAUAGUUACUGGGGACGACGUGCAAACUCAAGUUGUGUUAAAUUGCUCGGCAUUACCGUGUCUAUUAAAUCUUCUAAGUUCUCCACGGGAAAGUGUUCGUAAAGAGGCAUGUUGGACGGUCUCCAACAUCACUGCCGGUAAUCCACAGCAGAUACAAGCGGUUAUUGAUGCCAAUAUCUUUCCGGUUUUAAUCGACAUUUUGGGUAAAGCCGAAUUUAAAACACGCAAAGAAGCAGCGUGGGCAAUCACGAAUGCCACCAAUGGCGGAACGCCGGACCAAAUUCGGUACCUUGCAAUGCAGGGGUGUAUUCCACCAUUAUGUGAUUUACUGACAGUUAUGGAUCCCAAGAUUGUCCAGGUUGCUUUGAACGGAUUGGAAAAUAUUUUGCGUCUGGGAGAACAAGACGCGCCCAUGCACAAUGGUCUUAAUCCUUACGCGGUCCUUAUCGAAGAAUGCUAUGGCCUAGAUAAGAUAGAAUUCUUGCAAUCUCAUCAAAAUAUGGAUAUUUAUCAAAAGGCCUUUGAUAUUAUUGAUCGAUUCUUCGGAUCCGAGGAGGAGGAUACCAGACUGGUACCUUCUAUCGAUUCGCAAGGACAAGAAUACCAAUUCACUACACCAGAUUCUUCCCAGCUACCAGUUCAAGGCUUUGAAUUCUAAUCAACUGUCCUUAAACUCUGAAUUUAACUCUAACAUUUGUUUCGUUAAGUGUUUACAGUUACUUGUUUUAUAGGGAUAUAUGGUGUCCCUAAAAUCGGUAUAUCGACGCGACAAAUAAUUUUAAUUGUGCAUCUGUGCAUGUGUAAUUGUGCAUACGCUCCAGAAUUUUUAUCAAACAAUAUUAAUGUUACCCCGAAAAGAGGUCAUCUAUUCUUCGUCAAAUUAUGCAGUAAAGUUCUUACAGUUACUUUUCAUGUUCUUUUCUUUUCUAUUUUUUUCUUUUUUCUUUCGUUAUCUUAGACGAACUAUAACAACAUACCGUAUGUUAUUACCUAAAAUUAUAGUUUCCGUAAUUACGUCAAAUUGCGACAAUGCCUUCAUAACCUGAAGCCUUGAAGCGAUUUGCGUAGUAACAACACUUUCUUGCGUACUCAUACUUGCAUAUAUUUAGUAUGGGAUACACUUCAUCAGGAGUAACAGGAAUAAACGUCUUAGCGCUUAAGUAGAAGUGGAGACAGUGAUCAAGACAAUUUUGACGAGGCCGACUCAUCCUCGUCCGACGUGUGACUGACAAAGAAUUACGAAAAUGAUACUUGCAUUGACCUGCAAGGUACUAAAUGACUGAAGUACGCGACUAUGUAGCCAACACGGACAACAUUACGCAACGCGGUACUCACCUCCUUACUAUACUAGAUAGAAACAUGACCAAUUAAACUUUUUUACUGUAAAUACGUAUCUCGUAAUUUUAAGGCUAUUCUAUACAGAGUGCCCUUAAGAAACGAAGCAAUAGUCGUAUCCGGCCGUCAAUGCAAUACUAUUAUCAGUUUAUGGAAAGUGGUUACGACCGAAACCUUGGUUACAACCUGUGAUUGGCAUGUUUUUGCAUCGACGCGAAACGCGCAAAGCAUGCUUCGGUUCUUUUACGUUGAUAAUCGCAAACGGCGAUAUGCCCCGAUCUUGUUAUACAUAUGUUUUUCAUUAAUUCAGCAUCGCAUAAUCCGCUACCAGAUAUACCAGUUCUUAGUUAUAAACAUUCGCGAAUGUAUCGAAUAAUUUUUGUCUUGUAAUUGGAAUUUGAAGCAGAAAACUGCUUGAUGAUAUUAAAAUAUUAUUAUCCUUCGUGUGCAGACGAUAAAAAAGAAAAGGAAAAAUCGGUAGUGUUUUGGGAUUGUACAGCACAUCAUUAGAGAUUUUGGACAUUCUGUAUAAAAAGUCUAUGACUGUAUAAAAUGUAUUUAUUAUUUAGGUUUGACGAUACUAUAUUAUAUUAUACAAACUCUAUACAUACUGUCUACUUUUAGUUACCGAUUUGAAUUAUUACGACAGAGAACGACUGUACUAUAACUCACUCUAGUUGAAGCUUUGCUGAAUCUUUCAACUUAGCAAGGUGCACAGCUAUGGGUACUUGUUGCCAAUUUAUAAAAUGCUUAUCGCGUAGUAUAUGAGAAAUGUAGUUUAAAAUAAUUUUCUUUUUUGCCCCAUUAUGUUAUGCAUGCUGUCUUUUAAAUAAAAUUUGAAAAG